CAGCAAGAACAACUACUCAGAUUCUUCUUCCCUCUUAUCUUUGAUCUUCAUCAUCUUUCUCAGCAUUAACACUGAUAGAUAGUCAUGGCAAUUCGAUUUCCCAGUAUUUUGCAUGCUAAGCACAUUCUCCACCGAUCAAACUCAUUUACAAAGCAUGCGGCUUCAACAUCUAUAGAUGUUCCAAAAGGCCAUUUUGCAGUAUAUGUUGGAGAGAGUGAAAAGAAGAGAUUUUUGGUUCCUGUAUCAUUCUUGAACCAGCCUUCAUUCCAAGAAUUGUUAAACAAGGCUGAGGAAGAAUUUGGAUUCAAUCAUCCAAUGGGUGGUCUCACGAUUCCCUGCAGCGAAGACAUCUUCGUUGAUCUCACUUGUCGCUUACAUGAACUGUGAUGAGCGGCGGCGGCACUAAAAUAAAAUAGCAGAGACAAUUUUGUAAAUUCACGUACUAGGCUGAAGAAAAUAUUACAGAUUGUAUUACAGUUUCAAAAAACUUCAAUGCAUGGGACUAUAUAUUUUUUCUGUGUUCUUAA